AUGGAACCCCAAAAGCUCAGUCACUUGUCAAAGAACUCGCACGAGAAAGCCCGGUUUGAUUUCGGCGCGGACCUGUUCCUGGGCAUGGACCUCAACAACGAUGUUGAUAUCCAUGUGGGUAGGCCAGGCACCAUGUGCUACGGGACCCUCCGCUACGCUGUCUCAUGGGGGCUACGGAGAGAUGGUGGUCAAGGGGGUUGGGGAGAGGAAGAAGAGAAAAGGAGGAGGGGUGCACGUACUUUCCCAAAAUGGACACCCUCCAACGCACCUUCCCUGGCAGUCCCCAUGUCACAUGAUAUAUUCAAAGGGCCCUUCCAAUUAUAG